AACCAUCCAUCGCCUGCACCCAUCCAUACCCCUCGUAUAUCGCCGCUUCCGCCAUCAUGCGUCAAUUAGCACAUCACGAACAAAAGUUGUUGAAGAAGGUCGAUUUCCUUCAGUGGAAGUCGACCGAGAAUGUCAGGGAGAUCAAGGUUAUGCGGAGAUACCAUCUUCAGAAGCGAGAGGACUAUGUCAAGUACAACAAGCUGUGCGGACAGGUCAAAGCACUCGCCAACAAAAUCUCAUUGCUCCCACCUCAGGAUCCAUUUCGCCGCAAACAGGAGGAGAUGCUGCUGGAGAAACUCUACAGCAUGGGACUGAUCACGGCAGACAAGCAGUUCUCGCAGAUUGAUAAGAUCACGGUUUCGUCGUUGUGUCGGCGUCGUCUGCCGAUUGUGAUGUGUCGACUGAAGAUGGCCGAGACAGUGAAGGAAGCGGUGACCUUUGUAGAGCAAGGGCACAUCCGAGUCGGACCCGAGACCGUGACGGAUCCGGCUUAUUUGGUCACACGCAACAUGGAAGACUUUGUCACCUGGGUCGAUACUUCGAAGAUUAAGAGAAAGAUCAUGAAGUACAACGACAAGCUGGACGAUUUCGAUCUUUUGUAAAACACACCAUCUCUUCUGUACGAUACUUCUGCACUUUGCAUCGCUUCACAUUAAUAAACCAAACAUACAUUGUCAUC